UUUAAAAAUCAUCACAAAUAUAUAAUUUUUUUUAUAUUAUGUUUUAAUUAAAAAAUUAAAAUAUUACUAAAACAUUUUAUUCCCAAACGAGGUAAGUUUCUGUAAAAUUAUUAUGCAGGGUGAGGAAUUUCCCAUCAAUCUCCCACAUGGCAGCUAGCAUGUGAAGUGGCACCAUAACAAAUGUUUUAUCUAUUUCCUUUACCUUUCAUAUGGUCUAAUCACACGCACGAGUCAACUUUUUCUCUAAAAGUUCAGAUGUAGAAAUCCAUUUCCCCCUCUUUCUCCAAUAAAUAAAUUAUGCCCUUUACUUUGCCUUCUUUAUCUUCUCUACAAUCACGAUAACAUACCACCUUCUCUCACUUCUCUCUUUCAUUCAAAAGCCCCCCCCACCCCCCAUCCAUGGCUGUCUUUCUCAAAGCCCUAGUCCUUCCUUGAAAGAGAGAUAGAGCUCAGUUGAAUCUACUCUCUCUCUCUCAAACACACAAACAUAAACAAUCCCACACAAAAUACUGAAGUACAUAUGUUCUAUUAGGAGGAGAGGCUAAAUAUCAUGUCUUUCUCAAGCUUUAGACCUUUUUAGCAUAUCUAUUCAUCACAGUACUCUCUCUCUCUCUCUCUCUCUCUCUCUCUCUCUCUCGAACUAGCUAGUCUAUUUCAAGUCUUUGCUACUGCUUGAACGGGUGAACCAAAAAAAGGAUGGAGAUGGUACACUAAUCCUUUGGUAAUUGGUAUGCUUCUGUUAUCUGUCUUUCUCGAGCUUUCUAGUUCCCACUUUCCCACUAGCUUUCACAAGCUAGGUUUUCUUUUGGCCUUUGUUGUGCAUAUAAAAUGUAUCCCAACAAUAGCAAUGGCAACAACACCAACCCCAUUUCUUACACUCAUUAUUUCUGUGACAUAACCCCAAAUUAUAAACAAGAAGACCACCCUCCCUCCUCUCCCUUAUUUUACCUUCCUUCUCCUUACAUUCCCUAUGACGACAACAUCCUCCAUGACCUCUUUCUCCAGCAGCAACCCAUGACAGCCGUUGAGGGUACUGCAUCGGAGGAGGUUGUGAUGGUAGAUUCGAUCAAGAACAAUCGAAUCUGCCAACAUAUGCCGAGAAAAAGAUCUUCCAAGAAAGACCGCCACAGCAAGAUUGACACUGCUCAAGGUCCCAGGGACCGGAGGAUGAGACUGUCCCUCAAAGUCGCUGGCGAGUUCUUUGGCCUGCAGGACAUGCUGGGCUUCGAUAAAGCGAGCAAAACUGUCGAAUGGUUACUAAACAAGUCAAAAACUGCGAUCAAAGAGCUCACUAAAGGGUUUCCCCAUAUGAAGCAGACCCGUAAUGUUGGCAUAAACAGUGCGUCUUCUGCUUCUGACUGUGAAGAUGUGUCUGGAAUCGAUGAUGCCAUUGCAGUCGAUGCAAAUCAACAGGUGAGGAGUAAUAAGGGAAAACCCUCCAAAGAGAAGAAGAUGAGACCAAUGCGUAAAUCAGCAUUUGACCCUCUUGCUAAAGAAUCGAGGGAAAAGGCGAGGGCAAGGGCGAGGGAGAGAACAAGAGUAAAGAGAUCAAAACUAUCUUCAGAAGCAAUGAAUCAUGACAUGAUGAACCGGUUAGGGUCUUCAAAUACUUUUGAAAAUGGUGAUGGCAAAGAAACCGGUACCCAAAGCCACAAAAUGAAUCAAUCCCUUGACGUACCUCCCGGGAUUGAAGAUCUGAGCUCCUCCAUCAUCUUCAACUAUGAUCACCACAACCCUGGAAUUUCUCAAGAGCAUCAAUUCACAGGUUUUCAAGUUUAUGGCAAACCAUGGGAGGCCUACAACAAUAUAAAUCUGUGCUAAACUUAUAUUAUCGCGUGCUUCGAGCGGAUGCCAUUACAAAAAGGCUAUCCGCUUUUCUUUCUACUUGGAAAAAAAAUGUAAGAUAUGUGCAUAUUCUACUGUGAACUUGUUCAUCAAUGAUUGCUAUAUAUGUAUCCUUCAUUAAUGGAAACACUUCUAUUUUUGUUGUUGUGGAAUAUAUCUCGUCUCCUUGUGAACCCUCUUAUGGUUAUACCAUAUAGACCUAACAAAACUGGAUAAAUAAGUACUGAGAAAGGAGUGUUUAGUCUCAGUUGUAACAGUACUAGCCCUAUAAUUGCCCCUUCACUCUUUUCUUUUUGCAUACUGGUAAUAAAUCUACUCUCUACUUUUUUUUUUAUCAGCAGAAAAGAAAUUUUAUUAAUGAAUAAUGAAAUACACCAUACAUCAAUAGUAUGCACCAUACUCUUUACUUUAAGUUCAUGGUUUUAAAAUGAAUUUGAUACUAAAAGUGACUG